AUCCCAAAGAGAAACGCUAGCGUUGUGGGCAGCGUUGAAAAUUGAAGCAGAAACAGAAGAGAGAGGCAUAGCAAUAGCAUGGUGAUGAGUGUUCAGCUAUCAAACUUGUGGGUCCCCAAUUCUCCACCGUUAUCUUCUUCUUCUUCUUCACACUUCGUUUCCAACAGAGCAAGAUUCUCCCCAUCAGCCCUCCCAUCUCAAUCUCCCACCAUUCAGAUAGUUGGUGUGAAAGGGCCUAGUUGGAGUGAAAAUGGGUACCCAAAUCCAAACGGAAAUGGGUUUGAAGGGUGGCAAGGACAGAAUGAUCAUUGGAGUGAUCUUGACACUGAUCUUUAUCAUUGGACAAAGGCAUUACGCCCUGUGCAGUGGUUUCCUGGCCAUAUAGCAAAAGCAGAAAAGGAACUGAAGGAGCAACUCAAGUUGAUUGAUGUUGUAAUAGAGGUGCGGGAUGGACGAAUUCCUAUGUCAACAAGUCAUCCACAGAUGGAUCUAUGGCUUGGAAAUAGAAAGAGAAUUUUGGUUUUGAAUAGAGAAGACAUGAUAUCAACUGCCGACAGAAAUGCUUGGGCGGCUUAUUUUGCUAGACAUGGCACGAAGGUUGUCUUCUCCAAUGGGCAGCUCGGAAUGGGCACAAUGAAGCUAGGCCGGUUAGCCAAGGAAUUAGCAGCUGAUGUAAAUGUUAAGCGUAGAUCCAAAGGACUACUUCCUCGUCCGGUUCGAGCUGGAAUAGUUGGAUACCCUAAUGUUGGAAAAUCAUCUUUGAUCAACCGUUUGUUAAAGCGAAGAAUGUGCCCAGCAGCUCCCAGGCCAGGAGUCACAAGAGAAUUGAAGUGGGUUCGUUUUGGGAAGGAUCUUGAACUACUGGAUUCUCCUGGGAUACUCCCAAUGCGAAUCAGUGAUCAGUCAGCUGCUAUAAAACUUGCCAUAUGUGAUGACAUUGGAGAGAGGGCUUAUGAUGUGGCUGAUGUUGCUGCAAUUCUUGUGCAGAUGCUUACAAAACUUCCCACAGUAGGUGGAGAUGCUCUUUGUAAACGAUACAAGAUUGAUGUUGACAGUAGAUGUGGUAAAACAUUCAUAGAGAAGCUUGCAGUUCAAGUAUUUAAUGGAAAUGUUCAUCAAGCCGCAUUCCGGGUUCUAGCAGAUUUUAGAAAAGGUAAGUUUGGUUGGACUGCACUGGAGAGGCCUCCAAGGUAAUGUCAGAUGUUUGCUUUCAAAAGCACCACUCCAUGAAGCUUAAGUUGAAACUUAUGCUGGAGACCUCCACUAGCUGACUGCAUAACUCUAUCCUGCACGGGGAGAAAUGAAUAUAUGGAUGUGAUUAUGAAUAACUUUAUGGAAGCAGGUCUGAAUGUUCUGACAAGACAAACCUUUGGCGAAUUGUGGUACACGAAACCAAGGAUUUGAAGCCUUGGAUGCUUCAUGUUAUUAGGAAUGAAGUGAGGCUCUGCUGUAUACAACUAGUGUGCCAUGGGAUGGGAGUUUGUAUGUAUGUAUCAUGCAUGAUGAAUGUAGUAUUGUGUAUAUUUCUUGGUUGUAGUGAGAUAUUGAUUGAAAUUAGGACCGAUGCUUAUUGCAUUUUUGGUAUGGACUUCAAGGUCUUUCUGUUAGAACCGAUAAACGUAAUUAGGCCUAAGCAAUUAGAAGUUGGCAGGACCAUCAAAUAGAGGAAGCUACAUAUAUUACUGAUUUUUCCUACUAUUAAUAUGAGGGUGGUGUCUCUCAACAUCGAUUAUUGUUAUGAUCAAAAAUUUCACAUUGGUU